AUGCCAACAGCCAUUAGCCCGUCUGUGGCCCCACAGACAGGGGCUGGGCCCAAGUCCCCAGGGCCGGUUCCCCUCCCGGCCCAGGGCAAGACCACUGAGGCCGGGGGCGCUAACCCAAGUGGCAUCUACUCAGCCAUCAUCAGCCGCAAUUUUCCUAUCAUCGGAGUGAAAGAGAAGACAUUUGAGCAGCUUCAUAAGAAAUGUCUAGAGAAGAAGGUUCUUUAUGUGGAUCCUGAGUUCCCACCGGAUGAGACCUCCCUCUUCUAUAGCCAGAAGUUUCCCAUCCAGUUCGUCUGGAAGAGACCUCCGGAAAUUUGCGAGAAUCCCCGAUUUAUCAUUGGUGGAGCCAACAGAACUGACAUCUGUCAAGGAGAAUUAGGGGACUGCUGGUUUCUCGCCGCCAUUGCUUGUCUGACCCUCCACGAGCACCUGCUUUUCCGCGUCAUACCCCAUGAUCAGAGUUUCAUCGAAAACUAUGCAGGGAUCUUCCACUUCCAGUUCUGGCGCUAUGGAGACUGGGUGGACGUGGUUAUUGAUGACUGCCUGCCAACCUACAACGAUCAGCUGGUUUUCACCAAAUCCAACCACCGAAAUGAGUUUUGGAGCGCUCUGCUGGAGAAGGCUUAUGCGAAGCUGCAUGGUUCCUACGAAGCUCUGAAAGGUGGGAACACUACAGAGGCCAUGGAGGACUUCACGGGAGGGGUCACAGAGUUUUUUGAGAUUAAGGAUGCUCCCAGAGACAUGUACAAGAUCAUGAAGAAAGCCAUCGAGAGAGGCUCCCUCAUGGGCUGCUCCAUUGAUGAUGGCACAAACAUGACCUAUGGAACCUCUCCUUCUGGGCUGAAAAUGGGGGAGUUGAUUGCACGGAUGGUGAGGAAUAUGGAUAACUCGCUGCUCGGCCCCACGGGCUCAGAUGACAGACCGACCCGGACGAUUGUUCCGGUUCAGUAUGAGACAAGGAUGGCUUGUGGGCUAGUCAGAGGACAUGCCUACUCCGUCACUGGGCUGGAGGAGACCAUGUUCAAGGAUGAGAAGGUGAAGCUGGUGCGGCUGCGGAACCCCUGGGGCCAGGUGGAGUGGACCGGCUCCUGGAGUGAUGGUUGGAAGGACUGGAGCUUUGUGGACAAAGAUGAGAAGGCCCGUCUGCAGCACGAGGUCGCUGAGGAAGGCGAGUUCUGGAUGUCCUACGACGAUUUCGUCUACCAUUUCACAAAGCUGGAGAUCUGCAACCUCACAGCUGAUGCCCUGGAGUCCGACAAGCUUCAGACCUGGACGGUGUCCGUGAAUGAGGGCCGCUGGGUGAGGGGCUGCUCCGCUGGCGGCUGCCGCAACUUCCCAGACACGUUCUGGACCAACCCGCAGUACCGCCUGAAGCUCCUGGAGGAGGACGAUGACCCCGAGGACUCAGAGGUGAUCUGCAGCUUCCUGGUGGCCCUGAUGCAGAAGAACCGGCGGAAGGACCGGAAGCUGGGGGCCAACCUCUUCACCAUCGGCUUCGCCAUUUACGAGGUUCCCAAAGAGAUGCAUGGGAACAAGCAGCACCUGCAGAAGGACUUCUUCCUGUACAACGCCUCCAAGGCCAGGAGCAAAACCUACAUCAACAUGCGCGAGGUGUCCGAGCGCUUCCGCCUGCCUCCCAGCGAGUACGUCAUCGUGCCCUCCACCUACGAGCCCCACCAGGAGGGAGAAUUCAUCCUCCGGGUCUUCUCUGAGAAGAGGAACCUCUCUGAGGAUGUUGAAAAUACAAUCUCCGUGGACCGGCCAGUGAAAAAGAAAAAACCCAAGCCGAUCAUCUUCGUUUCGGACAGAGCAAACAGCAACAAGGAACUGAGUGUGGACCAGGAAGCAGAGGAGGGCAAAGACAAAACGGGUCCCGAUAAGCAAGAGAAAGCCCCACAGCCACGGCCUGGCAACACCGACCAGGAAACCGAAGAGCAGCAGCACUUCCAGAACAUUUUCAAGCAAAUAGCGGGUGAUGACAUGGAGGUCUGUGCAGAUGAGCUCAAGAAUAUCCUGAACUCAGUUUUGAACAAACACAAGGACCUGAAGACACAAGGGUUCACGCUGGAGUCCUGCCGUAGCAUGAUUGCUCUCAUGGACACAGAUGGCUCUGGGAGGCUGAACUUGCAAGAGUUCCAUCACCUCUGGAAGAAGAUCAAAGCCUGGCAGAAAAUUUUCAAGCACUACGACACAGACCAAUCAGGCACCAUCAACAGCUACGAGAUGCGAAAUGCAGUCAACGAUGCAGGAUUCCACCUCAACAGCCAGCUCUACGACAUCAUCACCAUGAGGUACGCAGACAAAUACAUGAACAUCGACUUCGACAGUUUCAUCUGCUGCUUCGUCAGGCUGGAGGGCAUGUUCAGAGCUUUCAAUGCAUUUGACAAGGACGGAAACGGCAUCAUCCAACUCAACGUUCUAGAGUGGCUGCAGCUCACCAUGUAUGCCUGAACCAAGCUGGCCUCAGCCAGGGCCGUGCGGGAUCACUCAGGAUUUGUUUCACCCAAUAUAGCUAGAACCACUUACCUCAAAGGUUGCGGUAGCUGCCUCCAGGCGCCCCGGCAGGCCUCCAGGCGCCUCAUCGGUCUUGUUCCUCCUCGACUUCACUGCCCACUCAGCCUCAGGGCAUCUGUCCAUUUGUCAUGCCCAAACCAACCCUUUCGUUAAGGAACUUUGUCCCUUAACUGGAGGCAAGUGUCUGUCUGCCUCAGCCAGUGGUAGUCCAGCGGAGAUUUGCUUGGAACCUGAGCAGCCUCAGCUCUGAAAGCAAAUGCUCUCCUUCGCGGCAGUGCCCUGGGCUGUUCACAGAAGCCUUAGCUGAUGGCACUCCGUACCUCCUGCGCUGGAUCCCUCUACCGCCCACCACACUAUCACCAAACAAGCCCUUGGUUCUGGUUAUUUCAGGAUGGGCCUGCUCUGGAGGAAACUAGCUCAGUGACAGAGAGCUGGAGACUUUGGGUUGUCUGACUCAUCAGUUUGGCUGCUUUCUGAAAAGAAGUAGAUCUAAA